AAAGGAAGGGGCAAAAAAAAAUAUAAGGCCAGAAUGGUUACAGCGAGUUAUCCACGAGCUCUGAUUUUCUGAUUUCAUGGCGGCGAUUCCAUCUUCCUCCCUGCAAUUCCCAAACUCUCUCCCAUUCCCUUCCAAUUCGAAGCCUCACAAGACGAAGCCCCUCACCUUCGUAACUCGUGCAGCAGAUCCGGAAACCCCUGCCGCCGAUCCAGAGCCGGGAUCGGACGGCGACGAUUUCGAGAACCGCCUCGCCAAGGUCCGGCUAAAGUACCGGAGCGGAACGGGGAAGAAGGCGGAGAUACGGAAGGCGCGGAAGUCCAAUAAAGGAUCCACCGCCGGCGCCGGCGGCUCAUCGGUGUACCUCCCGCCGGUGCCGCUGAAGGAGGCGGUUUCCGGCGGCCUUAAAGUGGAAUUCGGCUUCAGUCCGUUCAGCGAGAGGAUAAAUGGAUGGAUUGCGAUCCUCGGAAUCUCGGCUCUGGUGCUGGUGGAACUGGCUACCGGAAAAGGCGUCAUAAAUUACCACACGCCGGCGAUAAUUCUGAUUCAGGUGUACUUCGUAGCGGCGGUUGCUGCUGUGUAUGUUAAAUUCGAGAAGGAGAAGGUUAGUGUUUGGCCGCCGGAGGAAGUGAAAAAUUAGCGUUCGAUCAGUGUUUCAAACCCUUCAAGUUUUUUUUUUUUUUCCUUUUUCCGUUGUUAACAUUGAAGCAAUGUUUGAGUUAUUAAGUAACAUUAUUGUUUAUCUGAACUCGAAUUUGCAUUGAAA